CCAAGUUCAUCCUCCAGGGGGGAGAAGCCCUACGGCUGCUGGCAGCGAAGGGGAAAGCGAGCGCGCCCCCCGGGCGUGCGUGCGGGCUGCGUGCGGGCGGGGGCCGGCCGGCGGGUUGGCUGGGGGCCGCGCCCCCCGCGGCGCCCUCUCCAAACUUUGUGGCGGCCCCGGCCGGUGAUGUAUGGACGCUAUACUGCAUUGUGGGUGUCGGGAGCAGGGACGGCCAUAUUUGCCGCCGGGGCCGGCGGAGCCGUAAACAAAAAGUGGGCUGGGGAGCCCGGGCGCCGCGGCAGCGCUCCUGCGGCCCCGCGCUCGCUCCGGCUCCAUCGCGGGACCUGCGGCUGCGGCGCCGCUCGCCUCCCCGGGCAUGUCUUACAAGCCCAACUUGAACGCCCACAUGCCGGGCGCGUCCCUCGCGGCGGCGGGCGGGAGCGUCCACUCUCCUUCCGCUAGCAUGGCGGCAUCCACCCAGUACCGGCAGCUGAUCAAUGACUACGGACCCCCGUCUCUAGGCUACACCCAGGGUACAGGGAGCAGCCAGGUUCCCCAAAGCAAGUAUGCAGAACUUCUGGCUAUCAUCGAAGAGCUAGGGAAAGAGAUCAGACCCACCUACGCAGGGAGCAAAAGCGCCAUGGAGAGGCUGAAACGAGGCAUCAUUCAUGCUCGAGGAUUAGUCCGGGAAUGCCUGGCAGAGACUGAACGGAAUGCAAGAUCCUAGCCUCCCACUUCAUUUCCAAAGUUUUCCAUUUCUUUGUGAAGAAGAAAGAGUAACACUUAUUCCUCUGGUGACUUUCAAAACAUUCAUCUGAACCCCAUAUUUUGAAUGUUCUAAAAGCUUAGGUUCUUUCCCUUUUUCUUCCUCCCGUCCCCACCCCCACUGUCUAAGAAUAGAAGAAAAGACAACUUUGCAGUCAAGAUUUACAUUAUAAGUAGGUAGGAACAACCUAGGUUACCUUUUUUUUUUUUAAGCAUUGAGAUCCAGAAAAUGCAUGUAGACAAUUCUGCUUAUGUUCUUGCAAACUAUAGUUUACUGCCCUGCUAACUUGCUCAAAUCUUUGAUUUUCUUCCUUUGAGUACACUUAAAACAUCACACAAAUUGUCGUUCUUUGCACCUUUUCCAGAAUCUCCAAUAACUCUUAAGGAUUUUUUCACGAGUCAAUGCCAACUGCUUGUUCUUCCUGACAGUUUGGUAUCUCCUGGUUAGGGCUACUACCCUGCUUUAUAAAAGAACUUUUCGUUUUUUGGUAUGUGAGCAUUUGCAUGAUUGUUUGUGCUUUGAAUUUAAAUGCAUGAGUUAUAAAUACAGAGGACUGAUCCGCCUACUGAAAAAUUAAGAACCCAGAUAGUUACUUUUCAAAGACUGUAGAUUUCGGAUCUUGAGUUUGCCAUAGAAUGACUAAAAAAUCUGGAUAAAUGACUAAAACUGUUACGUGCAUCUUUGUAUUUAUUACUUGAUGUAAUAAAGCUUAUUUUCAUUAACAAUUUGUAUCAAA